AUGAUGGCGUUAGAUAAUACUACAAAACCGCCGCCGAAACCACCAAAACGAUGUGAGAUUUUCCGAUGUCGAAUUGUUUGUUUCGAAAUUCCAUAUUUUGGAGAAAAUGAGGAUCAGAUUAUUAAAGCUGUUGCGGCAGCUGAUAUGACUUGUGAAGACAUCGCUGUCGAAUUAAAUGAACCCACAUUCCAAGAUUCAAUAUUACCAGAAUUUUGGCUGUAUAAAAUGCGUUCUAAAGUCAGUGAAAUGGCUAUUAUUGGGGGCAAUAUCAAUUAUAUAACACCACAAGCUUUCUUGAGUCCUUUCAGUAAUAAUCUUAAAGUUUUGAUAUUAGAACAACUAAAAUUAAUCUCGUGGGACACUUAUAUACCUCGUAUUGCAUUACAAGAAAACUACUGGCACUGUGAUUGUUUAAAUAUCCAUUUAAGAUCGAUUCAAGAGUCAGGGCUUCUCAUUACUGAUCCAUUAUGCCACUAUCCAGAGCGAAUACGAGGAAUGACGUUUUCAAAUUUUGAAAAACGUUGUAAGAGUGAAAAACUCCACGAAGCUGAUAAAUCUGUUUCCCUGCAACCAAUGAAAAAUAUAUCAUUUACAUUAUACACAAAUGAACUUUGUACUGAUAAAAAUGUAUCCUUCUACGCAUCUGAGAGUAUAAACAUAAUCACACCAUCAAGAAGUCAUAGAUGUAAAUUCAAUAGGAUGGCUGAUCUGGGUAUUAAUAUUGAAGCAACCCCAACUUAUUCCUACGUAUGGACAACCAAACAAUGGAUAACGCCAGUAUUUUUUAUGGAACAGAGUCCUUAUACGAUGCUGGAAUUAGAAGCCCUUGAACAACCCGGAAUUGGCCUGGUCUGGUAUCAAUCUUCUUGUUAUACAGACAUAUAUUGUGUUAAUAGGAUUCCAAACGUUCUAAAAGUUUUUAAUGUUAAUUCCGGAGCGCGGUAUACUUUUUGUCCUUUCAAUACAACAGCUGGAAUGAUUGUUCAGUCCGAAUGUUUAUUUUAUGACUUAGGAAGCUUCGGAAGGAAAGAAUAUUUAAAUAUCGUAACCUAUCUGUGCAUAUCUUUAGGAUGUCUUACUUUUGGUGCUGUGUGCGUUUACGCUAUCAUUUUUAAAAAUCCUUCCCUUUUAAGAGCGAAUAAAAGAGUUUUAUUUGUAAAACAUAGAUCUAUUGAAGCUCUUAUUCUGCCUCCUUCGGUGCCUUUGAGGAAAAACCUAAUCCAUGAAUCAGAUAAUUUUGUGAAGCACUAUAUAAAAAAUCAGAACAUUUUUGUUUUGCCGGGAUUGGGAAUAAAUACACCAAAUUUUAUAAGAUCGACGUCAUCUAUGAGAAGCAUUGUAAGUGAUGAUGGAAGUUAUAUAUCAGCAUUACAGCCAACCGAGGAACAACUUAAGGAAUGGCGAGCUAAUCAAAAUAUAAACCAAUGUGAUAAUGGCCCCAGUUCUGGCUUCGAUACACCUUUUUCCAGUUUUUACGACUACGAAUCUUUUCCCUAUUACACUGUACAUAGCAGUCAAAGAGUGUAUGAAGUUCCCAAAGAAUAUAACAACAAUAAUUUCGAAAAGUUCAAUUAA